CGCUUGCCGUGGUCUAUGAGCUGUUCCGGGAUAACUCCAGGUUUAUUUUCACCACCCAGCACCAAACCCAACAUCUGCAGGGGGUCUGUCUUUCGGAAGAGCAGAGCUGCUGCAGUCUUUGAAAUUUGUGUGCACCAGAUUCAUUGAAUCAAGCCUCCCCCCACCUCUUUCGUCCCUCGCCAUCUCUCCUCAGCUCGCCUCAUGCAUCGCGUAGCGCGCCCGUCCGCUGUAGGAGCAGCCGCCAACUUUGUCAAAGGCGCGUUCGGAUCGCUCAAGCCAAUGGCGCCGCAGCCUCGACAGCAGAUGCUCUACGACUUUUCACAGCCACGCGAUCGCGCCGAGUGGAGCGUCACGUCCGACGCGGCGUUUGGUGGAUUUAGUCGUGCGAAUCUCGAUGCCACAACCGACAGCUCGGCCAUCCGCUUCGACGGCGUGCUCUCGCAGGCCAAGCCGCAAGGGUCAAAGCUGGUUCGGAGCGGCUUUGCCGCCAUCCGCUCCAAGCGAUAUCCACGGACGCCACUCGCGCCUUACACGAUGAAUCUGGAAGCCUUUGAUACUGUCGAGCUCAUUUUGAGAGGCGACGGCCGCACCUACAUUUCCAAUCUCUCAACGGACUCGGUUCAAGAACACGAUGUGUACCAGUCAUUUGUGUACACCCGAGGUGGACCCGAAUGGGAGCGCAUCCUGCUCCCGUUUGCUCGUUAUCUGUUGACCUACCACGGCUAUGUGCAAGAGGAUCAGCCAGUAUUCAACAAGCGCGCGAUUCGGACGUUUGGCUUUUCGCUCGCCGAUGGGGUGGAAGGCCCCUUUGCCCUCGAGAUUAAGAGCAUUCGCGUUCUCAACACUGACAACGACGAUGUCGCUCCAGAUAACUAUCCCGAUUCAACUCCAACAGACAAUUCCGCCGCUCCACCAGCAAAAACUCGACCAACCCCCGACGACCACCCUCGUAGCGCAUAACGCAUGCAUGCGCUUUGACAACCUGAAAGUAUUGGUGAAGUUGAUUUCUGUUGUAGGGGAGCCUCAAUCAAGGCUUUAUGGCAGCAGAUGGUGGUUGUGGUUGCCGCCAUUUUUGUUUUCCUGAUGCUCGAUGCUUGUUGUUGUUUUGCGACUCUGUCUAUGACUAAACUUUUUUCCAAG